AUGGCCAAUCCAAAGAAUUGGUCAUCCGUACAUAUGUUGGUCUUGGCCUUCUUUGCCAUGGCUGCUCAUACAAGUGCUCAAUACACAUAUUCUCCACCACCGUAUGUUUAUAGCUCUCCACCGCCUCCUCCUUAUGUUUACAAGUCACCACCACCUCCUCCUUACGUCUACAGCUCCCCACCUCCUCCUCCAUAUGUUUACAAGUCACCACCACCUCCUCCUUACGUCUAUAACUCUCCUCCACCACCUCCCUAUGUUUACAAAUCUCCCCCUCCUCCUCCAUACGUCUACAGUUCUCCACCACCUCCUCCUUACGUCUACAGCUCUCCACCUCCUCCCCCAUAUGUUUAUAAGUCGCCACCACCUCCUCCUUACGUCUAUAGCUCUCCUCCACCACCUCCCUAUGUUUACAAAUCUCCCCCUCCUCCUCCAUAUGUCUACAGUUCUCCACCACCUCCUCCUUAUGUCUACAGCUCCCCACCUCCUCCUCCGUAUGUCUACAAGUCGCCACCACCUCCUCCUUACGUCUAUAGCUCUCCACCACCACCUCCGUAUGUUUACAAGUCACCACCACCUCCUCCUUACGUCUAUAGCUCUCCACCACCACCUCCAUAUGUUUACAAAUCUCCACCACCUCCUCCUUACGUCUACAGCUCCCCACCUCCUCCCCCAUAUGUUUAUAAGUCACCACCACCUCCUCCUUACGUCUAUAGCUCACCUCCACCACCUCCCUAUGUUUACAAAUCUCCCCCUCCUCCUCCAUACGUCUACAGUUCUCCACCACCUCCUCCUUAUGUCUACAGUUCCCCACCUCCUCCUCCGUAUGUCUACAAGUCGCCACCACCUCCUCCUUACGUCUAUAGCUCUCCACCACCACCUCCGUAUGUUUACAAGUCACCACCACCUCCUUCUCCUUACGUAUACAGCUCCCCACCUCCUCCCCCAUAUGUUUACAAGUCGCCACCACCUCCUCCUUACGUCUAUAGCUCUCCAUCACCACCUCCGUAUGUCUACAAAUCUCCUCCUCCUCCUCCUUACGUCUACAGCUCUCCACCACCACCUCCUUAUGUUUACAAGUCUCCUCCAAGCUAUACCUAUAGCUCUCCCCCUCCUCCACUAUACUAA